UGGACCAAGAAGUCAAUGCUCUCAGGAGGGUGACAAACCUCACAGAAGGAAGAGAGAUGCAAAAUACACCUGUGAUCUGUGUGGAAAAGCUUUAACUGGGAAGACUUCAUUAAAAAGGCAUCAGCGCAUCCACACUGGAGAGAAACCGUUCAGGUGUGACUUGUGUGGGAUGGAUUUUUCUAGGAAGUAUUCAUUAAAAUCUCAUCAAGUCGUCCACACUGGAGAGAGACUGUUCAGCUGUGACUUGUGUGGAAAGUCUUUUACCCUAUCUGGACACUUAAAAAUACACCAACUCAUCCACAGUGGAAAGAAACCGUACAGUUGUGACCAGUGUGGCAAAGUUUUUGCUCACUGUAGCACCUUACGGAAGCAUAAAGUUGCCCACUUAGGAAUCAAGGCGUACAGUUGUGACUAUUGUGGAAAAACUUUCAGCCAUCUAGGGAACAGAAAUACACACCUACGCAUUCACACCGGAGAGGACGUGUAUCGCUGUGAUCAGUGUGGCAAACUGUUUACAGCAGAAUCACAGUUUCAACAACACAGAUUAACCCACACUGAGGAGAGAUCUUAUCAUUGUGACUUGUGCGAUAAGACUUUUAAAUAUCCACAGUCCCUGAAAGCACACCAACACAUCCACAGCAGAAAGAAACUCUACAAGUGCAGUUACUGUGAGAAGCAGAGCCACACAGAUGGAUCCAGGCCUCAUCCCUGUCAUCGCUGUGGUGGUGGGAAAGCGUUUCGCUGUGACCUUUGUGGGAAAAUUUUCAAUCAUCCGCAGAGCCUAAAAAGACAUCAACGCAGGCACACUGGACACAAACUGAAGGACUGCAAAGAAUGUGGGAGAGGCUUCCCUACAGCAAGUACAUUAAAACAACACGAACUCAUCCACAGUGGGGUUAAAGAGCACCUCUGUGACCAGUGUGGGUCAUCCUUCACCACUGCAAGUCAGCUUAAAAUACAUAAACGAGUCCACACAGGAGAGAAACCAUACAAGUGCAGACACUGUGACAAAAGCUUUUCACGAUCAAGUAACUGUAACCUUCAUGAAAGUUUACACAUUGAAGGGAACUACAGCUGUGACCAGUGUGACAAGAGCUUCAGGAAUCUCCGUUCGUACUCCGAACACAAACGAUCACACGCUGCAAAGAAACUAUUUCACUGUUACCAAUGUGAAAAUACAUUCACUUCAUUAUCUGCUCUGUGCAAACAUCAGCGUGAUCAUGCAGAACUGAAAUCAUCCCCAUCAUUGGAUCACAAUUAUUCUGCAGACACACAGAUCCUCAUCUGGAUGCAAGGUCAAACUGAAAAUCCCUGAGAGCCAGCUCCACAGAAUUUCAAUGGAAUCUGCUGUAAAGGGUGUCACACUUGGAUCUGAUGAGGUACAGUGGCUUGCAAAAGUAUUCAUACUCCUUGAACUUUUCCAUAUUUUGUCACAUUACAACCACAAACAUAAAUAUUUGACUGGAAUUUAAUGUGAAAGACCAACAC